CUGCGCGGCAACACUAUGAUUUGGAGAGUUAAAGCAGCGCUGGCGCUCAGGUUUCAUUUGACACCAACCGCCGGUUUUGAGCCCAGCUAUAAAGCUCAGCAGCCGAAGAGGAUCGUGUCCAGAGUGGAAGCGGUACAGGAUGGGUGAGAAGUUGGGAGGAGGCACGCCUGCAGAAGUUUAGUAAGGACGCGCGAGUGGAGCGCGGUGCCAUCACUCACACAAGCUCGCUUUACGCAGAGAUGGCUGGAGCUGCUGGUUUGCUGCUCGUUUUCACGCAAUUCACACUUCAUUUGACAUUAACAUCAUGCAUGGAGGUGGAUUUCUGCGUACCUGUCCGCAUUGACCACCAGGUGCGCGAAAAGCAUGCGCACCGACGGGUGGAGCAGAUGGAUGGGAAGCAUGUUGUUUUCAGACUGAGCGCAUUCAGUCAGGAGUUUUACCUGCACCUCGCAUCGGAUUCUAGUUUCCUCGCAGCCGGCAGCGGAUCUGCAGCAUCCAACACUUCGGCUGACCUCAGGGGAUGCUUCUUCUCCGGUGACGUGAACGCAGACCCGGACUCCUUUGUGGCGGUUAGCCUGUGCAGGGGUCUGCAGGGCGGCUUCUCUUAUAAUGGCAUGGAGUAUUUCAUCACUACAAGACCAGAAGACGCCGCAGCUGCGUCUGGAUACGGCAACGUUUUGGAAAUAACGCAUAUAAUCAGCCGCCGAAUGAUUGCGCCACAUUCAGGGGCCAACUUCACCAGCAGGUGUGGAGUCACGUCACGGAGCAACUUCAGCGUUUCCCUGGACAAAUACAAACACCUCAAUCAGCUGGACCCUGAUGGCUUCACAGAAAACGUCCUGAAAUACCUGGGGAGGUCCAAAAGGUUCGCUUCUAUCCCCCGCUUUGUGGAGGUGCUGGUAGUGGCAGAUCAGUCCAUGGCUGCAUUCCACGGGGAUGACCUAAAGCAUUACCUUCUGACCCUGAUGUCAGUAGCAGCCAGACUCUACAAGCACCCCAGCAUACUUAACUCCAUAAACAUAGUGGUGGUGGGCUUCAUGGUGAUAAAUGAAGCUGACAAGGGACCAAAGGUUUCCAGCAAUGCUGCCUUAACCCUGCGCAACUUCUGCUCCUGGCAGAAGAAGUUGAAUAAAGCCAGUGAUAAGCACCCAGAGUACUGGGACACCGCCAUCCUGUUCACCAAACAGGAUCUCUGUGGAGCCACGACCUGUGAUACGCUUGGGAUGGCUGACGUUGGGACCAUGUGUGAUCCUAGGAGAAGUUGUUCUGUCAUUGAGGACGAUGGGUUACCCUCUGCUUUCACAACUGCUCAUGAGCUUGGCCAUGUCUUCAACAUGCCCCAUGACAAUGUGAAAGCAUGUGAGGAGGUAUUUGGGAAGCUAAAGGACAACCACAUGAUGUCUCCCACCCUGAUUCAGAUAGACAGGAGUCGGCCCUGGUCAGUCUGCAGCGCAGCCAUCAUUACUGAGUUCCUGGACAGAGGUCAUGGUGACUGCCUGCUGGACCAGCCUCAGAAGCAGCUCACUCUCCAGGACAGCCUGCCCGGCUCCAGCUACAGCCUGCAUCGGCAGUGUGAGCUUGCCUUCGGCUCAGGCUCCAAACCCUGCCCCUACAUGCAGCCCUGCACAAAGCUGUGGUGCACCGGGAAUGCUCGUGGACAGCAGGUCUGUCAAACCCGGCACUUUCCCUGGGCUGACGGAACAAACUGCGGCUACGGCAAAGUGUGCUACCGAGGCGCCUGCGUUGAUAACCGCAGCACAAUGCACAACAAGGUGGAUGGCCGCUGGGGGAAGUGGGGUGCAUUUGGAGACUGCUCGAGAAGUUGUGGUGGAGGUGUUCAGUUGGCAAAGAGGGAGUGUAAUAAUCCUGUCCCUGAGAAUGGUGGAAAAUACUGCUACGGCCUUCGCAUAAAAUACCGCUCAUGUAACCUCAUGCCUUGCCCUGAAACAGGCAAAAGUUUCCGUGAAGAGCAGUGUGAGACAUUCAAUGGCUUAAACCUCAACACCAGCAGACUGGGAGCCAGCGUAGUUUGGGUUCCCAAAUAUUCUGGCAUCUCUCCCAAGGAUAAAUGCAAGCUCAUCUGCCGGGCCAAUGGAACUGGAUACUUCUAUGUUCUGUCACCAAAGGUUGUAGAUGGGACGCCUUGCUCCCCUGACACCUCGGCGGUGUGCGUUCAGGGAAAAUGCAUCAAGGCCGGUUGCGACGGCAAGCUGGAUUCUAACAAGAAGUUUGACAAGUGUGGAGUGUGUGGCGGGGACAACCAGGGCUGCAAGAAGGUCUCAGGAAUGUUCACAAAGCCUGUUAACGGCUACAACUUUGUUGUGGCACUGCCCAUUGGAGCCUCCAACAUUGACAUCCGCCAACGGGGAUACAGAGGAAUGGUCAGUGAUGAAAACUACCUAGCUGUGAAGAAUCGCCAUGGUAAAUACCUCUUGAAUGGCAACUACGUGGUGUCAGCUGCAGAGCGGGACCUGCUGCUUAAAGGAAGCCUGCUGCGCUACAGUGGCACUUCCACAUCUGUGGAGAUUCUCCAGGCUACCAGACCUUUGCAAGAGCCUUUAACUGUGGAGGUGCUCUCUGUGGGAAAGAUGACUCCUCCCAGGAUCCGCUACUCCUUUUACAUCUCAAAGGAGCGUAAAGAGGAGAAGACUCAUCGGAAAGAGGAGAAAAGCCAAAAAUCACAGAACAGUGUCUUGACUGAUGACAAAAACAACGUAAUUAAAAAUGAAGUGAUGGCGAAGAGACCUGUUAGUCACUGGGUCACAGCAGGAUGGGAUUCAUGCUCAGUGACUUGUGGGAAUGGUCUGCAGAAGAGGCUGGUCCACUGCCAGAGCACAGAAGGACAUCUUGCUACAGAUUGUGACAGUGCUAAAAGACCUGCAGCAGUAAGAGCGUGCGGGGAUCCAUGUCCCAUGUGGAAUGUAGGAACCUGGUCUCAGUGCUCUAAGUCCUGUGGAAAAGGCUUUAAAAGACGUCCAGUACGCUGCAUUACGGAGAAUGGCCUUAAUCUGCCGAGAAACCACUGCUCUGGAAAGAGGAAACCUCAGGAAUUGGAUCUUUGCAACUUGAAACCAUGCUAGUGCCAAACAGACUAAGGGGGCUUACUGAAUCUAGUGUAUCUUUCUCCAUAACCUUUACCAUGAUGAUUCCAAUGUUAGGAGCAAAAACUCUUGAAUACUGUGCUGGGGUUUAUGACACACCAUUGUCUUAAAAGACAUUGUUUACUAAAGUCAAAAACGGUCAAACCCAUCUGGCAAAGGUUACCAUUUACAUUAGUCUACCUCCGUCUGAACCUAUCAGGAUAACACCUGCACGAGUAUGAGUGCUCUUUUGAUGCAUGUCAUACAUAUUGCUAUUUGUUGUCCAGCUGGCAAAGUGAGUGCUGUUCAAGGACAUCUCUUUUUGCAUCAGCAGUUAGACAUGCCAAAAUGUCUGUGUUUCACACCAGAUUAGACAGUUCAGCAAGACAUCAAAACUCUAUCUUUAUGUUAAGAUUUAUUGUUUUUGUGCCUGAUAUUCAGAAUAAAAAGUAGUAUGAGAUUAAAAGAGCUGGUGUAACAGAGAGAGAGAGAGGCGAUUCAAAUACAGGAAACAUGUAAAUAAUUGGUUUUAUCAUCAGAGGCAGUUGAUAAUCCUGUUCAGAAACACUUUUUGUUACACUAGGUAAAAUGGUCCUUUCAUCCUGAAAGUAUUCAGUACAGUAUGUAUUCAAAAAAGGAGGUUAAAAAUAUUAUCUCCCAGUGUACGCACACGUUCUUUGUUAGUUUCCGCUUGUUGGCUGCACAUGCGCACUUCUAGUGUUUAUGUAUCCAGUUAGCUUAGCAGUUAGCU